GUUGAUGCUAUACAAGCUGAGGCUGAGGAUACAGAUGAAAAUCAAAAUUAUGAUUCUGACAAUGACUCUGAGUUCUUGGCAGAUGAUAUCGCUAAUGAUUGUGAUUCUGAUGAGGAUAUGGAGACAAGCGUCGGUGACACAAAGCCUAGGUUGAACAAGGAGCCAAAGUUUAUUGUUUUCCUGUCACAAUUGCUGUUGCUGUUUCAGUUUUGUCCUGUUUACAAGGUUGGAAGCCCAUUAAUUGAUGUUAAACAAAGAGGGACAAUGGCUAUCAUUGAAACACUCUGCGCGAAUCCUGUUUGCUGCAAAAAGGAAAAUGUAUGGAGAAGUCAACCAUUCAUUCCAAAAACAGCAAUUCCAGCGGGAAAUUUGCUCCUGUCAUUUGGAAUUUUGACUGCUGGUGCAACGGCUUCAAAAGUUUUGAGAAUUUUUCAGAACAUCGGACUGGCUUGUAUCAGUUUGAAAGCUUUCAUGAAACACCAGCAGGAAAAGUUAUUCCCAUCAAUUUUAUUGUUCUGGGAAAAAUAUCAGAGCCAAAUGAUCACCGAGAUACAGAACACAGGUGAACAACUCAUUAUUGGUGGAGAUGGAAGAAAUGACAGCAUGGGCCAUAGUGCCAAGUACGGUGCCUACACAACUAUGUGCUUCAACAAGUCAAAGAUUAUCCACUUUGAACUGGUGCAGAGGAAUGAGAUUGGAAACAGUACUGGACUUGAGUUCGAAGGGUUCUUAAGAAGCAUGCAUUUUUUAAGGCUGAACAAGUUCUCUGUGUCAACAUUAGUUUCUGACCGUCACACCAGUAUCACAAAGCACUUGAGAGAGAAGGAAUCAAACACCAGACAUUACUUUGACCUGUGGCAUUUGAAGAAAAAUAUUCGUAAAACUUUGAAAAAAAUUGCAGCAAUGGCAAACUGUAGUGACCUUGGAGACUGGAUACAGCCAUGUAUUAACCACCUCCACUGGAGUGCACUUUGAACACAUGAUGGCAAUGGCCAACUGAUAUGGGCAAA